GUGUGUGUGUGUGUGUGUGUGUGUGUGUGUGUGUUAGGGUGUGUGUGGUUCAACAUAUGCUCGGUUGUGUUUCUGUUUCUUCUUCUUCUUCUCAGAACUGAAGAGGAUGCACACUGACGAUGAUGUGCCUACAGGGCCAACUACAACCUGGUUUCCUUCUCGUUUUCAAUCAUUUACCGAGAUGGUGACGCGGGCUACAGCCUGGUCUCCGACUCCUGCUGCUCCUCCUCUUGAAGUAGUCAGUUUGGUGAAGAGGGCUACAACCUGGUCUCCUGCUCCUCCUCUUCCUCCGACCACUGAAGAUUUCACUCAUCGAGUGGGGACGGACAUCGACCCGGCUUCUGCAGCUUUAUAUGGAGUGAUCAUCUUCCUCCUGCUGCUCUGCAUCGUUGUGGUGUUGUGGUGGUGUUUGAGACGUAAAGGCUCGUACGACACCAACGAGAUGGACGACUAUGAAAACGUCGAGAUGAACGACCAAGAAGAGUCUGCAGGUUCUGAUGUGGCGCUCCGGAGCAGGGAGCCGACCAAAGAGGACGUUUGAAGACAGGAAAAGCUGUCGAGUUGAGUUGAGAUGUCGAGGAUUAUUAAGAGCUUUUUUUACACCGAGGAGGUUUUUCCAAAGUAGCCAAUUCCCCAAAACUGCAGGAAGCAACUUUGCACAUUGCUGCCCUCAAACGUGUGCAAGACAAAAAAAAUUUAAGAGUGAAUUUUCUUACUAAACUGAUUUCUAAUGAUGAUUAUUCACAUUGUUUUUUGUUAUGUGACUAUUUGUCAUGAGAAGGCUAAAAAAACACUCUGGUUUUAAAUCAAAAGCAGAAUUUAAUUUGGAGAAAUUGAGAAUCUGCAGCAGAUUUCUGAUUGAUUCUUCCAAGAUGGUGUGAAAACUCAGGAAAACAUACAAAAUGCACCUUUUAAAUUUAGUCACUUUGAGGAAAAAAGUCAACUUUUUCCAGAAUAACAACCAUAAAUGUAAAUGUUUAAGUCAUAUCUUUUGCCUCAAAUAUUCCUCGCUGAUUUAUUAUUUUUCUCGUGUGCAGAAUCAAAUGUUAAAAACUGACAGCAGAACAAAAUACUGACGCCGGAAAACAUUUACUGACCAAGCUGAUGUUUUUUAUGCAUUUUUUUUAUUAUCAGAGCAACUUUUUUACGAUUUUUAAUAAAUUGAAAAAAAUAUAUAAAACAAAAGGUCAGAAACACCAGAGAGAGAUAAAGAAAGGAAGAAAAUCAAUACUUUGUUGCAAUAAUUGAUUGUUUUUUACAGCUAAUAAUUGGAUUUAACUGUUUCUAAUCUAUGUUGAGUUAUUAAAACAUAUUUUACUUGUUGUUCAUAAGCAUAAAGUUGAGCCAUUUAUUCUGGUGUGAUUUUAUCAUAAGGAAGUUAAACUCCAUCUCGUGAUCAAGAAGAAGUACUGCACUCGUUAUAAAAUGUGAUAUUUCUUUAUGCAUUUGAAGUUUUCAUUUGGGGAAGAAAAUUGUCAAUAAAACAGAAAGACAUUUAACACAUUUCCAACAUACAUAAAACAUAUACAAUACACUUUAAAAUAAUCUAUUUUGUAUUUAUAGAUGAGAUACAACUAUAAAUUAGACACACAAGUUAAUUAUUAUUUAACAUAUAUUUUACCAGAUGAAACCCACUGAGGGAAAAAAAAAAAGUAAUAUUAGAUCCUUUGCUUGUAAAAAAUUAAAUAAAUACAUCAAUUAUUCAUAAAUAUAAAGGUACACCACACAGUGUUGAUGAAAAUGUUCACUGUUACAAGACUAGUGUACUCUUGAAAGUACUCUGUACAUCCCCUUUAUUUAUUAUAUUAUUUUAAUUUAUAUAUAUUUUUUUAUUUUUCUCUUUUUUAUUUUUCUUUAUUUUUUUCGAAAUUAUUAUUAUUAUUUUUUUAUUAUUAAAUAGAGUAAGUAAUAUAUUGGUGGCGGUAAUGCCAUUUUUCUUCUGAAAGACACUUAUCAAACCAAAUUUUGACAUUUCAGCUGAAGCAGCAUUUUUAGAAUAACAAAAAAUUGUUGUUCAACUUACACUCGAGCUGUUUUUGUGUCUUGAAAUACCAAACAGCAGACCAUUAUCUCCUAACCAGUCUAAUUGAGUGAUGUGAUCAUUUUGUUGUGUU